UGUGCGAACUGAUAUUUCGCCUUGUAUCACCGUCGUGAUUUCUGGCGGUCGGGCCGAGGACUGGAAAACGCUUCUCCUUCGUCUGCCGAUUGCGCGUCUCGUGUCUCCGCUCCGGCCUCUCUCCGUGCCGUGUGCCGCGUCGGCUGUUUCAAUCCGAGGCUCACGGGGGUGUUUUAUUCUCCUUUGUUUUGGCUUUGCUGAGCACAUCCUCGGACGAGAGUUUCGUUGGUAGUCUCGCUUCGAGUUCUCCAAUUUUUUUCGCUUGCGUCUGAACAUCUUGCGUCUGUGAUGAUUCGCUCAUUUGCGUCCCCACAAAAAGUGCCUUGGCUCGGCUAGAACUAGGGAACACGCGACAUCCACUUCGAGACGCGGCACUUUAUGGGGUACUUGCUCUUCGCUUCGUUUUUUUAACCACAAUGGAAGACAAGGUGUCUUUCUUUCUCCUCGAUUUUGUCGCCUUGUGUCGAGGCCGGUCUCGCAUGGAGGGGGGGUUUUCCGCGUAUUUUCGCGUCUCUCUUUUUUGUAGUGGCAGAGGUGUUUGACGUAACCCAGAAAGGCUUUUUCACAGAGAAAUACACAUGUGCGCAAUUUUUGCGAGAGAUAGUGCUCUAAAGGGUUAGCCAUCGCACGGCAAAAAAAAGCGAUAUAGGUACAUACGUGGGGAUGCGCUCACGUGGUUUCGUCCCUGGUUUCUUGUAGACCUUUUUUAUUUCGUCUCGUCGCGUCACGAGAAGCCCAGCGGCUGUCCAGUCUUUCAUCCGUUCCACGCUCUCUAGGGGAGAAAGAAGCUAGAGAAAUAGUUCCACACAAGGGAACCUGCCGACAGGUGCCGCGACCGACAGCCGUUUAGGGAAUUAGUAAUAAUCCGGUUAUGCACAGCUACGCGUGCUUCUGCAUAGAUCUUUCUAGUCGCUGUUCUUUGUUAGGCUACCAGGUGCGCGACCGAAGUGGUUUGACCCGGUCGCAAAGAACGGAGAAAGUAGUAGUCUGCGUCUUUGAGAUUCUUGUGUGUCGGCCGGUGUCCCCUUCUCCGUUUUGUCGGCGCGGUUUCUCACAAGAUCUCGCAGCGCAGCGUAGGGACACUUCUGGCGUGAACACUACACUGGCAUGUGGCCGUAUACGUGUGCAGUUGACGGGUUCGGGUGUCGUCCGAUCGGUGUAUUUCCAUAGAUCUGUAUAUUUGUGCGGAACCCUGUGGUCGUAUUGCCAGUAGUCUGCCGUCAGAUCCCAAGUUUUUCGGUGCAGACUUGUUUCGCGCUCGUUUGUAAGUCGUAAAGAUGAUGACACCUGAAUGCGGAGAUUCGCCGGCGUGGUCUCACAGUAUCUCCGGUAACGCUUCCAUCAACGGAGAUCCUUCGUGUGUCGAUGCCGCCACCGGAGAGGAUCCAACGGAGCUGCGGUGCUACUACAUCGAUGUGGCUUUCGAUUGUGUGAGCGAAGUAAACACGACGUCCACCGAGACGAAGAUGCUGUCCAAGUUAUGGGGGGAUGAAUCGUUCUCUGUUUCAGAAGCCGACGGGAGAGCGGAUCUUCCGGCCCCUAAACAAAAACCAAGCUCAGAGAUUGUCUCGCUGAAGAGGCAAGAAAGAGUUUCGCGUGUUGCGCGCCGGCUGUACGUGCAUCUUCCUCGUUUGGUCAGGAGUCCAAUGACCAGACUGCAAAAGAAGACAGAAAAGCGUGUUGUCGCUUCGCUUCCGUCACUGGCGAGGAGUGAAAGUGUUGUGACAGCAGACAGCACGGGUGAAGCGAGUUGCAGGCGCCUCAGCAGCGUAGGCGGCGCUCUAUCUGCUUCGGGUUCGAGCCUAAAGAGAUCAUGCAGUCGAGGAAGAAGCCAGGCAGGAGGGAAGGUGUGUAGUUGUGAAUCGAUUUUUGGGGUGUUCACGUUGCGGGUUUUUUUGGCAGCAUGCAUCCUGAUGCUCGCCCUUCUGAUUCAGUUGGUCCUACUGGUUCUCGCGAGAAAUCUACCCUUCGCACAUCACAGUAAAGGCAGCGAAGUUGCCGCCGUGGUCUCAGAGCAGGUAACCGCCAAAGUCGGGGAGUUUGCCCAGCUCUCGCGAGCAGCACAACCACAUGAGUUGUCAGGGGAGGACACUGCGGUCUCGUCGUCCUUCAUAACGCUGCCAGAGUCUGGGUUUCGCGACGUAGAACGCGAUGGUUUAGGCACGACUUCUCGCUUCCACCGUGCCGAGCCUGCUCCAAGAAGCGUCUUUGCAUGCAACGUUGCAUUCCUCAUUUUUUUAUUCUGCUCCGUCCUCCGCAUGUACUUCCUGACUCCGAAUCUUGCGUCGGCGGUGACGAUUCGCUUCUUCCUCUGCGUCUCUGUUGCCUUCCUUUUCCGCGGCUUGUCAUGUCUGCUCUCGGCUUUGUCCAAUCACUCCGCGGUCGAAAACAGAGAGACCCAAAAAGACUUUUUCCCCCAUAUUGUUUUGGAAGCAACAGGCCUCUGGAUAUUUGGGGGCGAAGCCGGCUCUCCUGUGACAUCGCAGAAGCUGGUUCUGUGGAUUCUUGUCUCUUUUUGGGGGUACUACACGAGCAAGCACGUGUUCUUAGCGUACAUUGUAAUCCCACUUGUGGCGGUCAUUGUGUGCGUGAUUCCUACCACGGCCGCGUGCGAUUUACCGGGACAUGCGGCAGCGACGCUCUUUAUUUCGUCCGUGUGUAUCAUAUACCAUCUGCUUCUAGACAUCGCUGCACAACGGUACCUACGGACACAAUCUUUUCGUCCUUCCGGCGGCUCGAUUGCGGCGUUUUGCGGGCGGUACGUUGUGGGGGACGUUCUGAUACGAGUCCUAGCCUUUUUAGAGGCGCUGCACUUGCGACUCGAGGGCGUGAUGUGUGUCUCGUCGCCUACAGUCGUGGCGCAUGUAAAGCUUCCGGAUCGAGCGGAAGAGGAGUCUGUUUCCACUCCACACUCGACCCCGCACAGCCUCACAUACGAGGACUUGGCUAGCCGCGUUGUCCUCGCGUACGCGGGAAGCGGCGAUUUCGACGCGACAAACUGCCGUCGAGCCUUCCUAUGCUUGCUGAAGAAGGUGAAGGCGAUCGGGGAACAGGAGAGAUGCCGGGAAAGUGGAGGUGAAAUACCCACAGCGGCUGAGUGCGAGAUGGAGGUUUUCGCAGCUUCACACGCAUACAGGUCGAAUGUCAAUGCCUCUCUAGAGUUAGGGGAAUCAGGUCUGUACCUAUCCACAAGCGUCCGUCUAGGGUGUGCGUUUCGGCUCGCUCGCGUUUUUCUACGCACGGGCAUUUGUUUUACGCCUAUGGCUGCGUCUCCGCGGGAAGAGACGUUUUACGACGACGGUCUGUCGGGCAUGCCGUUGCUACCCCGAAGAACGUUCCUGGUAGAGAACAGAAGACGAGAAGACGUGUGUGUUCCGGUCUGCCGUUUUGUGACACGAAUGCAAGUGUCCCGCAUCAGCAAACUAUAGAGUCACCAUGCUGCCGUGUGCGAGAGAGCCCCGACGCGAGCGAAGGGACUAGCGGAUAUCGGACGUAGUUCGGGUUUUCUUUCAUGAAAGGGUGGAGGCGUUCAACGGUGUGGCCGUAGGCGUAUUUUUUUAGUGGGAGAGUCCCCGUGAACAAUGCACGAUCGCGGAAAGCCAGAAGUCGCAACAGCGUGUUGCAGUGUACAAGUAGUUUUUCACGACGCUAGAAAGGUCAGGAGCGACUUACUACCUCGUGAUUUUGCAGAGAAGUACAAUUGAUUAUUUCGUCUCUACGAGGGCAGAGUGCUGCUCAGGCAACAAUGGGAGCGGUCGUUUUGGACACGUAAAGGUGUACGGCAAGUAGCAUGUACCGGAAGUGUUUGUGAAAUGUUUCACACGUGUUCCGGUCGUUUUCUCUUUAUACAGAGUCACGUGAGCCAGACACGUCCCGUCUGUUACACGUCGUGAAGCGUGGGUCGGUUCUUCAGGGAGAAAGGGUCACGAACGGCAACAAUUUCCAGUUGCACAGUUGAGACGUUUCCGCCCUGCAGUUUAGUGGAGACACACACUGAAGUUAUAUGAUCUUUCUGUUGGUGUGAGCGAAGAUACAGAAACAAUGCGGCCUUCUCCACAGCACUGGCAGACGGAAGAAGUGAGAGAAACAGUGAAUAGGUGAUCUGGGGAGAUAUCUCCUUGUGGGGAGAAUGCGGGAGAGCGAAAGGCCGUCAAGGUACAGGACCACAGUGGACGUCCUCCCGCAUGUUGAUUUUUACUGUCGUGCAGACACAUGCGGGUGAACAAAUACAAAUUACAUAUAUACGGCUGAUCGUUUUCCGUAUCGAUAUAGUGUCCUGUGUGAACCUCGGUCGAGCGUUCUAGAGUAGAGCCACGUGUGUGUGUAUGCUAUCAGACAUGAUCAGAAACCAGCAUUGCUUGCAUUUCCUGCAGAAGCGCUCC